UAAGCAGCAGCAGCGCGCAGAGUCCGCGGAAGUGACGUCAGGCGAAGAAGAAUCUGUGUUUACAGCAGUGUUUUUGAACUGUUAGCAUGAGCUCCGACAGUGUGCUUUAAGACAUGAUCUCGCGUCUAAAGCGUCUUUCUGAAACACCGACAUGAGCGACGCGACGGAGAGCCGCGAGCAGCGCGCUCCUCUGUCCUCAGCCGCGAUGAAGAGAGCUGAAAUCAGUGACCAGCCGCAAGCGUUGGAGAAGAGAGGACCGUACAUCAUGACCAAGGCUCCUGCUUUCCACACCACGCUCCAGAAGCACAGAGACACGGCCAGACGAGCUCUUCAGAAGAGAGGACUGGGCUCGGGGAGGCCUGUGCUUCAUCAGCCACGACACAAACCAACGACUGUGAGGUUCAGUAAGGGCUACGCUGCUCUGAGUCAGACGGGAGACGAUUCGCUCGUAUCACUGGACUCUGACAGCGACGCGGAGCUGGAUUGUUCGUCUGGAUAUUCCUCAGCUGAGGUGCAUCCAGACCUGAGCAGGCAGCUGCUGAAGGAUGGAUAUCACCUGGACGAAAUCCCUGAUGAUGAGGAUCUGGACCUGAUUCCUCCGAAAGCCCUGAGCUCCUCCGUCUGCUGCUGCUCUGAUGCGUCCUCCUGCUGUGUGCAGUGAGGAACGGACCAGAAACAGUGUUUUUACUAGAAUCCCUCUUCGUAGCCAAACCCCCAAACGCUUCCAGCUUUGAGAUCAGUCUGUGGUUUACUGACCGUCAUGAACACACUCCAGAGCGGCUCACAAAUCAGAAUUAAUCAGUUAGGAGUUAUAUUUAAACAUUAGGUGGAUCUAAGUAUCGUUGCCACACCAGUAGUGAUGUUAUUUAGCCCGAAUUCUCAUUGCUGUAAUGUGUGGAAGUUUGUUUCUGUCACAGGAUGAAAAAAAAAAAAAAAAAAAAGUCAUUUUGAGAACUUUUUCUCUCACAAUUUGGAUUUAUGCAAGAUAUAACCCUUAGAAAAAUCUGAAAAAAGUCAAAAUUGUGAGAUUAAAUUCGUGAUUGUUAGAAAAAAGGUGCAAUUAUUAUUAUUAUUUUUUUUUUUUCAUAAAAACUGAAUUGUGAGAAUUCAUAGGAAAAAAGUCAAAAGAAAAAAGUUUGAAUUGUGAAAUAUAAAUU